AUGAAGAAGGGCAAAAAGAAGAAGCCAGAGUCCAAACGCCGUGGCUCCAACUCACGGCGCUGUAGCUCUGAUUCCACCUCACGGCAGCCCAGCCCCACCCCCCAGCAGCCCUGCCCAGAGUCCACCCCCCAGCAGCCCAUCUCGGGGUCCACCCCACAGCAGCCCAGCGCGGGCUCCGUUGCACAGAGGCCUGUGAUCUGGGCCCUCCCAGCUCCCCAAACCAGCCAGUCAGCUCAGGGCCUGCUGACUCCGAACACUGGCACAAAAACAUCCCAUGGAUCCAAGAAAGCAGGGCCUCCGACUCGCCCCUUCUGUUCCUGUACCACUUGCCCCGGCAGCUCUGCUUGCUGGCGUCGUCUGGGCCUGUGCCACAGCCGCAUCUCCGAUGUCCUUCUGCCUCGGGCCUGGCUGACCGUGUCAGGGAGAGGAUUCCCAAACCUCCUCACCUUCUACAGAGGACCUGCAAGGAAGCACACCAGUCAUCGUAAUUCCCGUGCUCCAGGCUCUCGGGACUGCGGCUGUGGCUCUGGGUGCCCUAGCAACUGCCUACUACGUCAUUGAACUCCUGUGAACAAACCCCAGGCUCACGGUCCAGCAGAUCCAGUUUCCAUCAGGGAUCUCUCUUGUCACCAAAAUAGAACAAUAAAAAAAAAAAAUUCUGUUCUUGACUGUGUUCUACCCAAGACACAACAGGUGGACUUGGUAGGGAGACGAGCCAGAAGAACCUGGAAGAGUAGAGAGAAAUUUCUUCCUCUCCCAUAGCUGCCCUGCCCCUUCCCACAAGACCACUCCUUGGGGCAAGAAGAGGCUGCAGAGCACGGAACAGUGGCCCUUGGUAUUGGGAAUCAGGACGCAUGUUUAUCUCAUGCUAACCAGCUCCCAGGAAACCUGCAGGGGAGACUCCACACACCCAUCCGAGAAUCCUCCCUGGCUCUUGGCAAACGGGCCUUCCCCCACCCCCCACCCGCAGCUGCCGGGGAAUGCAAUGUGCCUCCUUUCUCUUACUUCUCCUGUACUGUUCACAUGGAGCAGGGAACACAGAAAGACUUCAUUCACAGGCUCCAUCGCUUGGCCCUCUACUGAAAGCUUUCUGAAAAUGCAAAUUCCUCAGACUGGAUUCUUUUCAAACGCUUUCAACUUCCGUAUUCCCACUGAAAGCAGUUAAGCAGAUCAAGACUUCCCUGGCUAGAGGCUCCUUAAAGAUCAUAUUUACAUUUAAAGGAGAAACUGAACUGGCCAGAAAGCAGGUUUUCAGGCUGUGAAGUCAGGCUUGAUGACUGCAAGGUGGGAACAGUUUCUAGGGCGUCACGCCAUUGGGAGUGUGCCCGUGUGAAACCCCCAUUUUGCUGCCUGUGCCCCACCCCCACCUCGGCCUCACUCCCUUCAGUCUUCUUCAGUGCGGCCCUGCGCUGGUGCUGACAUCAGUCCUGGACGACUGGGCGCUCAAUAAGACAGGGCUGUUACCCAUCAGACACUCAACCCAGUGACCUGCACAAGUCUCUACAUGAGCCAACUCUCCCCUCCCGGAGGCCCUGGGUCUGCCUGUGCCCUUCACCUGACAGGACCAGGAGAUUCUAGUCUCCGUCCCUCUCCAGAAAAACAGACUCCCAUCAGGAUGACUUGUGUCCAUAAGCAUUGGGCAUUUUAAGCCUUGUAUUUCUGCCCCCACACACCUCUUCCCACUCCUCCCCUAGCCCCAACUUGGCAUUUCAAAGAGUAGGUUCCUUCUGCCUUGCUUCUGGCUCCACUUCUAGCCAGGUUUCCUGGAGUGCCUCUCCUUCUCCAGAGGCCCUCCCUGGAGGAGGGGUACCCUCUCCUCCCUCCUCCCUCAGGCGCCAGAUAAGAUUCAAACUGAGAUCACUGAAAAUGACAGGAUUCCUUCUCUCCUCUCACUACCUUUUACACCCCCAAGAUUACUUGGUUAAAAUGGACAUUUUCCCUCCCUUGAUUACAUAGGGUUUCAUAACAUAUAAUUGAUACUUGCUCUUUUCACUUCUCAAUGAAAUCUUUCCAUGCAAUAUCUCAUUUUUAAUAGCUGCAUGGUGUCCCAUCGUCUGUUUCACAAUCAAAGAGACAGUGGGGCUCACCAUAGGGCUGACUCAUUGUACUAAGACUAUUGGCUGCGAUAUUAGGCAGACUCAUUUCCAGGGAAGAGCUCCAUAUGGCUUGGACAAUAUGGGAAACAAUGGCCCGUGGCCUGUGAAGUCUACAGCUAGAAUAGGCUUUAGGGUGGGCUUGCUCCAAAGAUCUCAUUUCUUUCUUUCUCCCCACUCUGCCUUCCAUAGUCAGUGUCAGACUGAGACUGACUCUCCUUGUGAUUGUAAGAGAGAAUGCCACUCCAAAAUCAGCCACUUUGGCAUAAGGAUUAUUUUGAUCUAAAAACAACUAAAACACAAAAAGAUUACCCAAGAACAGCUGAAGUCAUUAAACUAGCAGAAAGAUUAUGAGUGACUUGGGGCCAUUUUCCUACAUUGGUGCAUCUGAGGACGAUGUAGGAGCAUCUUGAAGUCAUAAGACUAGUGCAUGCUCUAGAUGUGUAAGGUUGUGCACAAGAAUGCUUUUUAUAAUUGCAUGAAAGUUCACAACAUUAGGGCACUGGCUAAAAUAAAGUAUG